GGCCAGAGAGGCGUUCACGUAGUAGUGCUGUUAUGGCAGAUGCGUCGUUUACUUAGUUCUGGAUGGCUGGUUGAAUUAGAUUGCAAAUUCUGCUUUACUCGCAUUGAAAUGAACACCAUAUCUUGGUGAAAAGACCGAGAAAAUAGUUCUGUGUCUCUUGAGCACAAAUGGUCAAAGGCUGACUACUCUUGCAAAACACCAGGGUUAUUCUUUGUCUCACUUGGGCUAUGUGCUGUGUAGACAGUCUCUGGGUUGUCUUGGAUAAAUUAACCCAGGAAUUGAAAGCUAGCUCGGUUAGCUAGGUGUGAUGAGGGACCGUUUGGCUGAUCUGACAGUGAUCUGCGGACAUGAGGGCGGUGAUGUCACACUCCGAGGGGGGCAGGACUUCUUCAUGGAGGGAUUUUUCAGAGAGGUGCAGGAGACCCGAGGGCUGGUUGAUAGGAUCUCCUCUAAGGUGGAGGAGGUGAAAAACAAACACAGCUGCGUUCUGUCCGCACCGGAUCCUGACGAGAGAACGAAGGCGGAACUGUCACGGCUCAAUGAGGAGAUCAAGAGGGACGCCAGCACCGUGCAGGACCGCUUAAAGGCCAUGCAGGCGGAGCUGUCCCAGGACGAGAAUGCAGUCGGGGCAUCGGUGAAUCCCCGCAUCCAGAAAUCCCAGCUCUCCGCGCUGUGCCGCAGGUUCGGGGAGGUCAUGACCCUGUACAACGAGGCGCAGGUGUCCUUCCGCGAGAAGAGCAAAGGCCGAAUUCAGAGACAGCUGGAGAUAACGGGAAGAGUGACCACGAACGAGCAGCUGGAGGCCAUGCUGGAGAGCGGCAAUCCCGCCAUAUUUGUGUCAGGCGUGAUGUCAGACUCGCGGAUCACCCGCGAGGCCCUGAGCGAGAUCGAGUCCCGGCACAGAGACAUCAUCCAGCUGGAGUCCAGCAUCAGGGAGCUGCACAGCAUGUUCCUGGACAUAGCCCUGCUGGUGGAGACGCAGGGCGACAUGACCAACAACAUCGAGAAGAACGUGUCCAGCGCGGCGGAGUACGUGUGCCGCGCCGUGGGGGAGACCAAAAAAGCCGUUCGCUACCAGACGAAAGCCCGCCGGAAAGCGUUCUCUCUUGCUAUUUGUGUUGUUGUGGGCCUUGCUGUUUCAGCCGUAGUCAUCGUCGGUACAGCAGAAAUUAAGGAGCAGGUGUGUCUGCCAAAAAAAAAAAAAGAAAGAACAAGAAGGAAUACACGAACAGUGGAAAAAAGAAAAGACGGGCAUGUGGUGCGUGUGCAGGAUGGAGUGACACUCCUUCUCCCUGAAGAACGCGCCCUCCCGUCUCUCCUUUCUCCUGUCAACGUUUUCUUUCGGAAGGAUCGGGAAUCUCGUCGGGGAGGGUCCGAGGAGGAGAUGAAGCUCUACCCUCUAUCCCUCUCAGAUCGAGGGCAUUUUGUGAAAAUCACAUUUGAAAAUCAGCAUGAUAUUGUGUGCACACGCACACACACACACACUCACACACACAGAUAGACACACACGCGCACAGAUAUACACACAGUUUCACACACACACACACACACACACACACACAUAUACACACGGUUUCACACACACACACAGAUAUACACACAGUUACACACACACACACACACAGACACACACAUACACACAGAUAUAUACACACACCCACACAGAUACAGACACGCAUGCACGCUGACACACGCACACAUACAAACACACAGACACACUCCCCUAAUCUCUCACUGAAAAGCUGCCUCUGGCCUGUACAGCUGUCCUGAAUCAGCGGCUUCUCUCAUACGGCUUUCGUAUCUUGAUUAAUCUUGAAUCAGUAAACCAUCUUUAAAUUUCCUGGGAAAAUAUAUAAAUGUAUUUUUGUCCUGUGGCGUACUGCACAAACACUCCACCAGGGGGCGAUGACGACUCAUGCUAUAAAAUCCGGGCCUGGGAGAGGCCUGGCUGCAGCCAACACAUCUGUCUGUGUUCACGGGUGUCACUUUAGGGCUGCCGCUGGCACCGAUCGCUGCGGCGUCUGGAUGGGCCUGUAGUGCACAGGCAGGAUUAGACCAAUCCAUCCACAUGGUAUACACAUCAGUGGCUCAGCACAGCCCUUGCACUGAAUGCUAAUCACUAGCGACAGUAAUCUCUGUGCUGUAUAGCAUUUCACCCAUGUUCCCGCCGCAUUAAGAACCAUUUGCAAAUUUGAAGGUUAUUCGUUAAAAAAAAAAAAGGUGUUGAUGGCCGUUCGCGUUGGACGGAUGAUCGCGUCUCAGUGACGGCUGCGCUAUCAGCUGAGAGAACGCGCGAGCGGCUGGCGCGGCGAGCUGUGUGACGCACCAUUAAGAGCACGGCGCGGACGUCUCCGCGGGAAACGGAACAACAGGUCGGUCUUGCACAGCGUUGCGGUCCUGCACAGAAACGGGUGUUGAGAUCUCACAUCACCAAACGCACGCAGAGGGAGUGCAUCUGCUUCAGCUGCGUGUCUUUAUGCAAGCUGUGUGAGGCGGUGCACAUUUUGUAAUGUGAUUUUGAGGAGUCAAAAGCAAUACUGUAUUCAUUUCAUAGAAGUAAUGCAUUUACAGUCAUGAGUCAUUCUUAAAUGCCAGUGUCAAUGUUUUAUGUAUAUAAAUGUGUGUGUGUGUGUCUGCGUGGGUCUGUAUGUGUGUGAGUGCGUGUCUGUGUGCGUGUGUGUGUGUGUUGGACUGUCUGUCUAUGUGUGUGUGAAUUUAUGUGCUCAGUUGUGCCUUGAGUGUGUGAAGUUGGAUUAGACCACAUUGUGCAGAAUCCAUUGAUCCACUGUUGUUUGUGGAGUUGAAGAGCACCUCCAUGGUUGUCUUAUGAAUUGUGCUUGUCUUACACUGAAGGAAACAAACCAAAUGAGGUUUCAGAGGUCUACCACUGUUAAUCACUCUCGGAGUGUGCACGGAUCGUGAGGUUUGAGAGCCACCCAGUUUAGUGGUUCACCUAAAGUUUGGGUUUUGUGGUUGAGCAGUUCAUGUGUCCUUACAUGGUGUUCCUAUUCUGAAGAUCUCUGCAAUCUCUACGUUUUUUUAUUGUAUUUUAUUUUAUUAUUUUGUAUGUGCGGGGUAUAGUUUGUCAUUGCUAUUCACAAGUGCGUUAAAGUGCCUUAAAGAUCUGUCCCACUAUCAGCAGGUACCUACACACUGGCUGGAGCUUCUAGAUCUAUGAAUUUGUAAAAUAUUGUGCCACUGGAUUUUUACCUCUGUCUUUUAUAUUAAAUUGCGUUAGAAACCGUUCCCCCUUAAGCACUGUGUUAACACUGUGAUACAAGUGACCUCACUGAUGCAAAAUGAAUAAAUAAAAUGUUAUUUAUGGUA